AUGGUCCUCAUUAUGGAUGACGAAACCCGCGUGCUCUUGCAGGAUCAGAUCAAGCAGCAGGGUGAUCUUGUUAGAAAAUUAAAAUCCGCUAAAGCUGACAGUGCCCAGAUCAAUGAGGAAGUCGCUAAAUUGCUGGAGCUGAAAGCAAAGCUUGGAGAUGCCGAUGCUGGACCCCAGAAAUUCGUCCUCAAGACGCCUAAGGGCACCAGGGACUAUAAUCCAGAGCAAAUGGCGCUUCGUCUGGGUGUCUUAGAUAAAAUUGUUGACGUAUUCAAACGUCAUGGUGCUGAGACUAUUGAUACUCCGGUGUUUGAACUAAAAGAAGUUUUAACCGGAAAAUACGGCGAAGAUUCGAAAUUAAUCUACGAUUUAAAAGAUCAAGGCGGAGAAAUUCUAGCCUUGAGAUAUGAUCUAACCGUACCGUUUGCCCGUUAUUUAGCGAUGAGUAAAAUAUCGAACAUAAAGAGAUACCACAUCGCAAAAGUUUAUCGCCGAGACAAUCCAGCGAUGACCAGAGGCCGUUAUCGGGAGUUUUAUCAGUGUGAUUUCGACAUUGCUGGUGAAUUUGACGCAAUGUUACCAGACGCCGAGUGCGUGAGAAUAGUCUCUGAAGCACUCACGGCCUUGGACAUUGGUGCUUUUGUCAUAAAAGUGAACCAUCGCUGUCUUUUGGAUGGUAUCUUUGCAGCUUGCGGGGUUCCUGAUGAUAAAUUCCGCACGAUAUGCUCGUCAGUCGACAAGCUUGAUAAGAGCCCGUGGGAGGAAGUCCGCAAAGAGAUGAUUGAUGAGAAGCAACUGGACCCCUCUAUUGCCGACAAAAUUGGUGGCUACGUUUCUAAGCACGGAGACGUUAAGCUCAUUGAAGAGCUGAGGCAGAAUGAGCUUUUGAUGAAGCAACCUGCUGCUAAACAGGGCCUAGACGCUAUGGAGCUGCUGCUCAAGUACUGCGAUCUGUUUAAAGUCACUGACAAAGUUGUCUUUGACUUGAGCUUAGCACGUGGGUUAGAUUAUUAUACUGGAAAAACGGUACCCUGCGUUGGAGUAUCUCUGGGAGUCGAGCGAAUCUUCAGUGUCUUGGAAAACCGCCUGGCCGAGCAAGGCCAAAAAGUACGCACCAAUGAGAUCGAGGUGUUCGUUGCGACAGCCCAAAAAAACUUGCACGAAGAACGAAUGCGUGUUCUUGCAGAUCUCUGGGCCGCAGGAAUUAAAUCUGUGCACUCUUACAAAAAGAGCCCCAAGCUCUUGGAUCAACUUCAACACUGCGAGGAGAAAGGUAUACCCUUGGUCAUCAUUAUUGGCGCUAAAGAACUUGCCCGCGGAGAAGUUACUCUCCGAGAAGUUGGAACUCGAGCAGAACGCUCAGUUUCUCGUGCAAAUCUGGUUGAAGAAAUAAAAAAGUCCCUUCAGGUGUAA